CGCUUCCAUCUGUGUCAACUCUAUGGUCUAUGGUGGCCUUUUUUUAUUUUCUAGGUUUGUGUUUGUGGAAUUUUUGAAUUUGCGAGCCUCUUUAUAAGAACGAAUUGCAUACGGUGUUUUGAAACACAAGUGAGAAUGCUGCAUUCGUUACUGUGCAGAUUUUUUUUCAUCAACCUCUAAUUGAGAAGAAUUUCGAGAUCAAGGGACUGGCGGCCGCCUAAACAAAGCCGAAAUCUAAACAUCAUGGCGGCUUGGUCAAAGGCCUAUCGCUUGCGGCAAUGCCUUCUGAUAACGCUUCUGUUGCUGUUGGAUAUGUAUUGCCUUUUCUUGGCUGCAGAGUCUCCAAAAAUUUCUUCUGGAGGAGAUGUGGCAGCUGAUGAUCGUGACAGAACUUCUGUAAAAAAAGAACUCAGGAACCCAAACAGGUGGAUGGGUGCUGGUUUGGCUGAAGAGGAAGAAAUUGAACCCAUCAAAGGAUUCUAUUUGGAUGAAGGGUCUCAGAUGCUUACAUCUUUCAUGCGCACAGUCAGCAACGAUGAGUUGGGGGUCACAAAUCUUCAAACUAUAUAUGACUCCCUUCCGUUUGGUUUAUUGGAGAAAGAUGACUCUUCCAGAGUGAAAGAUCUCAGUGAUCGUAUUCAGCGUAAACUGUCUCACUAUUCUUCUUUAGUGAACAGUAGUAGAAUUGCCAUUGAGGAACUCUUUUGGCAUCACUUACACAGGCCUUUAAGCACUCCUGCACCUUGUUGUGAACUUCCAGAUGGAAUGCUUAGGUAUGAUAGCCAUUUUGGAGCUCUAGUUUCUGAAGAACUAUCUUGUGAUGUGUCGGUACCAAACCACAAGCCCCUCAGUUUCUCCCCUGGACAUAAUCUUACUGAUGUUUUUGCCAACAACUUGAAAGCAACUUCUUCCAUCAAGUGGCAAUACUUCCUUAGUGCAGAUGGUGGGCUCAGUGAAUAUCCAGCUCAUCGCAUUGAUAGCAAGUCUACUGGAUGCAACAAAGCCGGCGAACUUUUGCGCCGAAGAAACUUGUAUCUUUCUUCAGUCUACCCAGAACCUAAAUUUGUUGUCAUGGUAAUUGACCAUGGAAGUGCGCUAAGUCCUAAUCAACUAUCCAUCGCAAAAGCCAUUGGAAAAUAUAUCGUCACAAGCUUGUCGGAUAAGGAUCACAUUGGAUUGAUAGCUCUCUCCGACGAGCUUCACUAUGCCGGCGUCGGCGACUGUUUCACGCGUGGAAUGACACGAGCCAGUCGCCAGACGAAAUUCAAACUGAACCGAUUCAUCGACAGUUUGACUAAAGCUAAAGCACCUGCCAAUCACAGCCUGGGUUUCCAACAAGCCCUUGAUAUGGCCAGACAAGGCAUGCUGAUGAGCGGAAACGAUGCGGGGGCCGGUUUUCAAACGUCAGUGAGCGGUUGUGCACCAGGCAAUCAGUCAUGUGGCCAUGCACUCCCUCCCUCGAUGGGCGAUUGCCCCACUGCCAGCUCAAAUCCAGUUUUGUUGGUGUACAUCAGUCGUGGCCUUUUGUCUUCGCUUGCUGAGCCUCGACAAGUUUUAGAGCUGAUUGCACUUGGCCAACUCUGUCUCCAGGGCCGAUUGGUGAUCAAUACAUACGCUCUAAUUGAUGAUGGAAAACCAAUUAUGUACGAGAAAGCGUUUCUCCAAGACGUGGCUAUGCAAAAUUAUUCGCGCUACAACGUUUCCUUUGCAGCUCUCGAAAGGCUUCCUAUUAUGCGAGGACAAGCCCUGGCAAUCAACUCAACUCGGGGUCUUUCAUCCACCGUUGGAGACUAUCUAUCUGUUCUUCUAAAUUCUUCAGCUCUGCACCAGGCAACUAUCACAUAUUCUCCACCUUACUGGGAUUCAGUUGGGAAAGGAUUAGUCAUUAGUCUAACGCAACCUUGUUUCCAUUUGGAUUUACUGGUGGGAGCUGUCGGUCUAGACAUACAUUUGGCCGAUCUAGUCGAGGACUUCACAUAUUUCAAUGUUCCCGGAGGUCGGAGCUACGUUUUUCUGAUUGAUUCGAUUGGGACGGUAUUGAUGCAUCCUUCAUUAGCUCGACCGAACACGGUCUCUGAAGAGACGAUCGCCACGGACAUCGGUUUCUUGGAAUCACGCACUGGAUUUGCAGCUAUUCGAAGGCAAAUGCUCACCUCCACUUCGGGAACAGGAAGAGUAUCUUUUGUAUCCAACGCCACUGAUACCACGGAACAGAACGGUGACGACGAUGAUGAAGUCAAGAGUACGACGCUUGUAUACACUUGGGAGCGAGUGGGAUCUACUCCUUAUAUCGCCUGCAUCGUAACACGACACGAUAAGGCUGGAUCAGACGUUCAAGUCUUACGCCGAGUACCACCCACCUCACUGCCGGAUUUAGUUUACCACCGACUGGACGUUGUCUCUAGCCCAAGCAAAGUUGAUCUGUGUCGCUACUUUCGCCAACAUUCUACUUUGACUGCCGGAUCCCUUUUUCUUUCACCUGCCGCACAUCUGUCUUCUUUCCAAUUUGAGUCUUGGGCUGAACCGUCGCCUGUAGUUAUUCAAUCAUUUAUGGCAUUCCUAAGUGAUAAGACCAAAUUGAUAGCCAACCCUGGGUUGCGCUCGGCAGUUCGUUCAGAUGUCGGAGCCUUGGCACAACUUGUUCCUUUCUGGAGAUCGCAGUUUGGUCAUUCUCUACUAAGGCAGUUUGUCGUCCGGCGUUAUGCAGCAACAGCUACUAGUGGUGUGAUGAUUGAAUAUCCAGCCACUGUUCGGCCAGCUUCCUUUGAUCCACUACGUCGUCCUUGGUAUCAAAAGGCCGUCGAAUUUCCGGGAAAAAUUGUUGUUACUGGACCUUCCUUGGAUCCGUCUGGUUCUGGUUUCGUCGUCUCAAUAAGCCACACUAUUUAUGAGGGAAAACCAUCCGGUCAUCACAGUUCUACGGACGGCGUUGUAGCAGUUGUCGGUGCCGAUUUGACACUGUCCUACAUGCACCGGAUGCUUUGGGCCACUCUACCCUUUUGCCCCGACCGUACUGGCCAAGUCAGGGGCUCAAGUGUUCGCUGUUUUAUAAUGGAUGAGCGUGGUUACCUACUCGUCCAUCCCAACUUGUUGGAUCCUUCAACACAGGGAGGACAAGCCAACGUAGAACAGCAGCAUUUGACACAUCACGAACCUUUGGUGGCAUCCGAUUUGCUGAAUCACGACCGUUUCGUCCUGAAGAAAGCCUGUUCCAGCUAUCCAGAUCGAACCGUUCAACGAUUUUACCAACUAAAUUUAACCCUUAACGACCAGUGGGUAGACCGCAGUGGAACUCCGGAUAUGCCAGUUCCCGUUUUAACAAACCUAGUUCACGGAGAGCACUGCAUUCGAUAUCAGAUCGUAGCUAUCCAGGGAACAAACUUGUUUGUUGGUGUUGUCAAUCAAACCUGUGAAUCGGCUACCGCUUUCUGUCCUUGCUCAACGGUGGAUCGGCUUUGUUUGAACUGCCAUCGAAUGGAACAAAGUGAAUGCGAGUGUCCGUGCGAGUGUCCAUUGGAAUUGGAUACGUGCAUUAAUAUGUCGGAUUCGGCUCAAUCGGAAGCUGAAGGCUUACCAAACUGUCCAGCAUCGGAGCUGUCCUCGUCACCACCGCCACCUCCUUCUUCUCGAUCACGCGAUGUUGAGCUUUUGCCGUCUUGCCUUGCACCGGAUUGUGAGGGACGUCUUUCGGAAAAAGAAUGCUUUGGUGUAGUCGGCUGUGAGUGGUGCGUCAGGGACUCUGAUUCGCAAUCGCUUCUCCAGAUUCCUUUUUGUACUCAACACUAUAAAUGUUACGGCGGAGUUCUUCGCGGAGCUUCUCCAUAUGCUGAUGAAUCUAAUAAUGGUGGCAUCUCAACGGCGGAUAUAAAUUCUUCGUUCAAAUCGCUACCGGUUGGUCCAGUGGCCGGAGGAGUUUUGGCUUUCUUCUGCUUUGUCGCCCUUUCCGUCUAUUGUUACCGCCAACAAACUCGCCGUCGCCAUCACGGCGCUGGUAGCGGAGGUUACGGAUCAGGAUCAGGUGCUGGUCUGCGAAUGACUCAAUUAGACAACGACAUGGACGAACACGACGAUAUUGAACCUGAUGUAGAUGAGACAACGGCCGUUGUGACCCAUGAAUUCAGUCUAGCAGGUGGUGUUGGUCUCGACAAUGUCGCAAUCGUUUCCCCCUAUCGCGUCAACACAGGAUACCGACGCCCAGCCGGUGGCGAUUCAGACCAUGGCUAUUCAACUAUGACGCAUGAUAUGCAUGAAGAUUCCGAACAUACGGCCUCAUAUGUUGAACCGUUGCUCGUAGGACGGGAUCGAUAUCGCCCGACAGCUCGCUCGGUAUCAACAGGCUCAUUUUCUUCGCGGGCUUCGUCUCCUCUCGGACCAGUCUAUCAUCCCGUUCGCGCUGCCAACCAACGAAUUGUGUCACCCGGCACUCUGCUCGAAUCGGCCGACGAAUUAGAGGCCGAGAGAAAUGAGAAAGGGCCUAGAGAGCUUAUGGAUUUGCACUCGUCACCUCCCAUCCGAAUGUUAGACGAUUCAUUGGGUAUGACUGUUUUACCCGAUUCUAGCCUUAACCAGCUCAUAGUACCUGUCACCGUUCAUAUGGUCGAUACAACAUAACGCUUCCCGUUUGUAACGAGGCAGCUGAUAUUUUAUUCAAAUGUGCCAUGGAUUUUUGAUCCGCCCUUUCGCGUGUUUUCACUUUUCGAGCUCUUCCAAACUCUCUUGUUUUUAUCUUUUGACUGAAUGCUAUUUUUCGUUCGUGUGAAAUUUGCCAAUCAAUUUGUAUGUUUUCGAGAAAAAGAGUUGGGACUAUUGUUAAACCAGUAUUAUUUUUUUUAAAUUAUCCCCUCUGAAAAAUAUCGUACCGAUCAUGUGUGCGUCUUCUGACCUCAGUGCCUUGAACUUGAUGCAAUCAAUCAUCUUUGUGCUUUUUUUUUUCUUAAUUCUUAUCCAAGCAGCUCAACCCUCAUUUUGUGAACAAAUAAAUUGUAAAUCCGAAAUUGAA